AUGCGACAGGCCGCUGCGAUGAUGCAGCAACGGAAUAUGAUUGGCCAGAGCGGCAAUAGCCUUAUUGCAGCCAUGCAGCAGCAUAUACAACGUGCUAAUCAACAGCGUGGAUCAACUGCAGCGGCAACCACUGUUGGUUCUUUGGCUGCCGCAACUGCCCUAUAUCAGAAGAACCUCGCUGCAAGUCGUAAUGCACUUCUUGCUAACGCAUCCGCUUUGAGAAAGGGACCUGCUAUGAACACGGUCGCUAUGCAGAAAGCCCUCGCUAUGGCUAAUGGCGGUCUUUCAACGGCAGCAGCAUCGGGCGCGGCGACAUCGACUGGCGCGUCACACGCGUUAGGAAACUCCACAAAUGCCGGUAGUGGUCCCGGGAUAUGUGAAAUUUGUGAUCAAAAUAUGGUUGAUCGGGAGCGCUACUUCCAGCAUUUGCAGUUAAUCCACAAACAUCUUCGUGACAAAACGUUGGACGACGUGAAAUUAGGAGCUCCAUUGGCGUGCAGCAGAUGUCGUGAGCGGUUUUGGACAUACGAAGGACUCGAACGUCAUCUUGUAAUGGCUCAUGGACUGGUCACUGCCGACCUGUUAGCGAAAGCACAGAAUAAGCUUGAUGGAGGGCGAUGUAAACUUUGUGCUAAGCAGUACGCAUUCAACAUGCUACAACAUCUCGUUGCCGAUCACCACAUAAAGCUGUGUUCGGCUGAAAUCAUGUAUUCCUGCGAUGUGUGCUCUUUCAAGUGUAGCAGUUACACUACCCUGGAAAGUCACCUUAAUGCAAAUCAUCCGAAAGGAGCUACUGACAAACAUGCAGCAGUUCCUGCUGCGGAUUCGGCGUCGGCAUCUAACGGCACUACGAAAAACAAGAAUACCGCGAAGUCUUCGGAUGAUGAUUGCAUUACUCUGGAAUGA